UUUUUUUCGGGUUUUGUGUGUGGCUUUAGCAACGUCUUCUUUCUGAGCCACGCCGCUAAACGCUCGACAGUCUUUGGAGAUGAAGCAUACGAAACGGAUCGCGUUCGGCUUCAAUUUAAAAUUCAACUUGAGUUCAGUUUAGUUUCUCAGUGUGCGACUAUUACAUAAGUCUCUCAAGUGCAACUAGCUAAAGAAGAUAUAAUAUUUAUUCAAUUAUUACAUAUAUAUAUAUAUGUGUAGUGGCUAAGCAAAUAGGCAAGAGCAUUCAUGCCUCAAUCGGCGCACAGCUGCAUAUUUUAAUACAUAAUUGCGCAUAAACAAAUAGAAAGAAAAUUUACAAUAAAACAAAAGCAAACAAACAAAUACUUUUUUUUAAUAACAAACACGAGCAGCUGCUGUGGCGAAUUGUUUAAGUGCACAAUGUUUUACAAAAUCGUGUGCAGCCUGUGGCUCUGCCUCGCCGUCUUGACGUGCUCCAUCAACAGCAGCAGCAGCAGCAGUAGCAGCAGCUACAAUAAUCUGGCCGGCUAUGAAGGCUAUACCAAGUAUACGGUGCUGCAUGGCGAUGAGAGCGCCUUUCAGUAUAUGGUCGAGCUGCAGACAAACGAUACGGAAGUCGACUUCUGGCUGUUGACACGGAACAUGUCCGUCCUGACGGUGGGUCCCAGCCACAAGCCGCAGCUCGAGUCGCGCCUGCUGCAGCUGGACGUGCAGUACCAGACCCAGCCACUGAUGGACCUGAUGGCAUCGCUGGAGGGCAACAGCACCUAUGCUGAAGGGGAUGAGUACGAGGAAUGCCAGCCCGGAGAUUGUGAGUCCGAUAGGCCGCACAGUCGCAAGCGUCGUCAGGCGCGCAGCUUCUUCUCGAGAUUUCCGCGCUAUCACGAGAUCCUCAACUUCAUGAGCAACCUGGCCGCACGCUAUCCCCUAUACUGUCGCUACGAGUCGCUGGGUCGCUCCAGCGAGGGUCGUCAUAUCGCGGCCCUAUCGAUUUCUCUCAACCAGCGUGUGCGUCCGCGUCGCGUCGCCUACAUACAGGCAGCUACACAUGGCCGGGAGUGGAUUACCACCCAGACGGUUCUGUAUUUGGCCUAUGAGCUGCUGACCAACCUGCGUGCCUUCCAGCGUGUGCUAAACGACGUGGAGCUGUUCCUAGUGCCGCUCGUGAAUCCCGAUGGCUAUGAAUAUACACAUACUACGGAUCGCUUCUGGCGCAAGAAUCGUCAUCGUUAUGCUGGCCUCCCGUGCACCGGCGUCGAUAUUAAUCGCAACUUUGGCAACCACUGGAACUAUCAGGGCGCCAGCCAGAAUCACUGCUCGGAGGUCUAUUCGGGCACCUCGCCCAACUCGGAGCCGGAAACAGCGGCUGUGGUGCGCUAUUUGGAAUUCAAUCGUCAUCGUGUGAAGCUCAGCCUGGAUGUUCACUCAUUCGGCAAAUUCAUUUUUUAUCCCUACGGCUAUGCGAGAAACACUGUGCCACCCACUGUGGCCACAUUGCGCUCGGUGGCGCUGAGAGCCGCCAACCAAAUCGGCAGAUAUCGCGGCACCCGCUAUACCGUCGGCACCUCAGCCUCCAUACUCUAUGAGGCGUCUGGCAGUCUGGAUGACUUUGCCUAUGGCAGCCUGGGCAUACCCUUGUCCUACACGCUUGAGCUACCCGGUGAGGAGUUCCAUGUGUCCCCCUUUGACAUCAUCCACGUCUGCAAGGAGACAUUUGCCGGCUUUAUCGAGUUCAUUCGGCACGUUAGCCUGUAUUAAGUUGUGCGGUACCCGCUGAACAUCCUUAGCAUUUAGCCAAUUGAAUUUAUAAUUGUUAAUUAAACUAAUUAUUGUCGUCGUUAUU